CGCCGCCAAGGCCAAGGAGCGGCCCAGUCCGCAGCGGGAGACGGCCAGUGCAAUCGAGCCCCCGCCGCAGCUGCUGGGGCAGCCGCCGCGGGAGGAGCGCCGCCUGGGCAACCCGCGCCAGGCGCAGUUCCUGUUCGGGAACAUCACCGAGCGGGGGCCGCCGGCGUCCAACUUUUGCCGAGCGCCGGGCAGCCAGCCCCACGUCCUCGCUAUGACUGAGACCCGCGCGGGCGCGAAGGGCCUGCGAGAGCUCUGCGGCGCGCCCGCCGUGGACGGCCCGAAGCUCUCCGCGACGCCAGCCUUGGCAACCAAAUCGGGCGCGGGCGCCCGCGGAGGCGAGUGGAUUCUCACGCGGCGAGACAUCGCGGCCACCGCCUCCGAUGGCUACAGAGGGGCCGACGCGGGCGUCCUCGCGUCGAUCUCCCGUUUCGUGAACGUGCCCAUCGCCCCCCAGGCCAUCCCGGCCGACUGGAACUGCGAGCCGCGCGGCGCAAUCGCCGUCAAGGACCUCGCCGCGCACGUCGAAGCGGAGGCGAUCUACGACGCGCCGCGGGAGACGCACUGCGGCGCCCAGCUCGCGGCGGGCGCAGCCGAGCCACGGCGCCACGAAGCCAUCGAGGUCGGCAACGAGCCCGCGGUCGCGAACGACACGCCGUUCGUCACCCCCAGCGACCUCUGGGACAAGGCGGCGGCCAUCGUCGCGAGCCUCCCUAAGUUCGAGAGCCACCUCGUGGGCGCCAAGGAGGACGGGGGACGCAUCAUCCACGAGUACUCGCCGAACACCACCGAGCUGGAACUGCGCAUCAAUGAUGGCGAGGGCCCCCAAGCCCAGCGCCGCAUUCGCAAGAUCGCCAUCGCCAAGCUGGACCAGCUCGACAACCCCGAGUUCCACAGGGGCCACUUCGGCACCAGGGUUGACCCCGCGGAGGUUGACGACCGGGGGCCCCGCGCCGCCUGCCUGGGCUGCUGCGACGAAGGCGACCUCCAAAGUGCAUGCGCCAAGACGCAACGAUGGGCGGGCCGCGCCAUGGCGAGGGCUGCUUGCAGAGCCCGCAAGCGUUACCCGGAUUGGGCCAAGAAGGCAUGGAAGGAGCCUUCCGGGAAGUUGCACCGAAUUGUCGUCGACCCUAGCGCGCAGGAGCUGGAGACCGAGCUCGACCGCAGCACCGUCGGCGACCCCUGCGCUGGCGUGAUCAAGGCGGCCGGCGCGCGGAGGCAGGCGCGGGCGACCGACGCCGGCGACGAGCAGCAGAUCACCCAGCCGCAGCGCGUCUACGCGGCUGCCAGCGUAGCUGACCCCAAGAAAGCGCGAGGCGUCGACAACAUUGGACCGCUCGACGCGCAGCGCCUCCCGCCGAACGGCAUCGAGCAGUUGGCCGGCAUCUACAGGUACGUAGAGCACUGCGGGCUCUAG